AUGCUACUUACUCGCCCGCCUACUCACUUACAUACUCCAGUUACAAGACUGCUCACUGGGACCAUUUUUGGCGCUCCUGCGGUGGACCAUUACGACCGAGCGCGUCGUGUGGGACCGCAGGCGUCCGCCGAUGCCCGGGUGUGUGAGAGUCGUGGUGUGGUGGUGAAGACAAUAUUACGCGUCACCCUGCAGACGGUGGACCCAUGGGCUGCUGAUGAGACUGAGCGAGUUUGUGCUUCGGGUUUGGGCUUCGGUAGUUGUCGUGCCGCUGCGGCCUUCGACCACGCGGCGUUGGCGGUCACUAGGACAAGAGCGGAGGGCUGUACCUUCGCUCUGGUCUAA